GGCGCCGGGCAGGACUGCGUGAGCACUAGCUGCUCCUGCCCUGCUCGGAGAGGGAGAGGCUCCGUCUCCUCUGGAUCCUGCCCAUCCCCUAGGAAGGGUCCCACAGGAAGGAAAGAGAAGGCAAUGGCUUCUCGGCCUCUGCCACUGGGAACUCAGUUUCAGGAGUCAGUGACAUUCAAGGAUGUGUCUGCAGAUUUCACUUGGGAGGAGUGGCUUCGUCUAGAUUCUGCUCAGGGGAAUCUGUAUGGGAAAGUGAUGCUGGAGAACUACAGGGACUUGGUUUCACUGGCAGGGCAUCGGCUUUCCAAACCAAAUGUGAGUUCUCAGCUGGAACUGGAGGAACUGAGCCAGGUGACAAAAGAACUUCCAGCGUGCCUCUCUCCAGGUCUGCUUUUUUCCAGGUUUUCUUCGAUGUUACUGCCAGAUUAAGUGAUCAUUUAGUCUUCUUAUCCUGUCCAAAACAAGACAAGAAAGCGUCAAGGACGGGGUG